GAAAUAACUCCGGCUGCUGCCCAGCAGGGCACUUGCUGCACCUUCCUGCCACCCCCGGGCAGCGUCUGGGCCCUCCGCUCCCCUUCCCUCCACCUGUCCCCCCACACACACAGCCGCCGGCCUGCAGCCACCGGCCCCAGGGAUCCUAGCCCCGGCGGAGGAAGCACCGAACCUAGAGACAUGGGAGUCCGAGGAGCAUUCCACCUUCUGCUCGCGUGCCUGAGCCCAGCGCUGCUGUCUGCUGUACGGAUCAACGGGGAUGGCCAGGAGAUCCUGUACCUGGCGGAAGGUGACAAUGCGAGGCUGGGCUGCCCCUACAUCCUGGACCCUGAGGACUACGGUCCUAACGGGCUGGACAUUGAAUGGAAGCAGGUCAACUCAGAACCCUCACAUCGGGAGAAUGUGUUCCUUAGUUACCAGGACAAGAGGAUCAACCAUGGCAACCUCCCCCAUCUGCAGCAGAGGGUGCGCUUUGCAGCCUCAGACCCCAGCCAGUACGAUGCCUCCAUUACCCUCUCGAACCUGCAAGUCUCUGACACAGCCACCUAUGAGUGCCGGGUGAAGAAGACCACUGUGGCCACCCGGAGGGUCAUUAUCACCGUCCAAGCGCGGCCUGCGGUGCCCUUGUGCUGGUCUGAGGGCCACUUUACACACGGCAAUGAUGUGGUGCUGAAGUGCUUCGCCAAUGGGGGCAGCCCACCUCUCACCUACAAGUGGGCCAAGAUCAGCGGGCAUACUCACCCCUACCGGGCCGGGUCUUAUCAUUCUCAGCACAGCUUCCACUCUGAGGUCUCCUACCACGAGUCCUUCCACAGCUCCAUCAGUCAAGUUUCAGGCCUGAACAACGGUGACCUAGUGUUGAAGGACAUCACCUACAAGGAUGAUGGGCUGUAUCAGUGCACAGUGGCCAACCACGUGGGCUACAGCGUGUGUGUGGUGGAGGUGAAGGUCUCAGACACCCGGCGCAUAGGAAUCAUCAUCGGCGCAGUGCUGGGCUCUUUGCUCGCGCUGGGCUGCCUCUUGGUGGGCAUCUGGGGGCUCGUCUGCUGCUGCUGCGGGGGCGCCGGGGUCGGCGGCGGCUCCCGCGGUACCUUCGGCUACGGCGGCGGGGUCGGCGGCGGGGUCGGCGGAGGGGCCUGCGGCGACUUGUCUAAUGAGAUCAGAGAGGACGCCGUGGCCCCCGGGUGCAAGGCCAGCGGGCGCGGCAACCGCGUCACCCACCUCCUGGGGUACCCGAUGCAGAACGUCAGCCGCUCCCUGCGCCGCAAGUACGCGCCUCCGCCCUGCGGCGGCCCGGAGGACGUGGCCCUGGCGGCCCGCCCCGACCCCGCGGCCGCCGCCUGCGAAGCGGGCCCCUCCCCGGUCUACGUCCAGGUCAAGAGCGCCGAGCCCGCCAGCAGCGCCGCCGAGGGGCCGCUGCAGAGAAAGGACGGUCUGCUGGUGUGA